UAUCAGUUCUCCUCUUUCACCCAUACAAUGCCGUUGGUUAUAUGCAUUCUCAGAGCCUAAUUUGUUUUUAUAUUCAUUCUGACAGAGUUUACCUGUAAACUUUUGUUUAGCACAGAGAUUUCAGACCGGGGAAAGAGUCUGCUUAAUCAGGAAUUUGGCAUAUAUUGUGAAGUUACUGGAAGAAAAAAGUAGAAUCUGAAGUCUACUUUCAGAGAAGACCAUAAGGGCAUGGGUGGAGUGACUAUAUCCACUGCAGGGAACCAAGCUCAAUUUGGCAUUACAGCUGUCAAAACUGGCAUUCUUUCUGAUCGUCUUGCUUCAUCGGGCAGAAGCUUCUCCUUGCACCAUACUCUGUACAGAAAUCUUUGCAACCAGAAAACAGGUUUGAUUGCUAAGGCAGAGCAUCGAGGUCAAAAAUUCCAAAGCUCCCCAAUAUUUACUGUAUCGAAUUGUAUAUGUACCAUAGAAAAUCAGGAAAGAUUAUCAUCAAAAACACAGGAUGGAAAAAAGAAGACCAGGACAUCAUCCCGAGUAAAAAAUGCUACCUUAAACAAGGGUUCCACUUGCACAAUUCCAAGUGCAGACAUUGAUUAUGGGAAAGCUGCAGUGACACUUGAACAUAUUUAUAAUGACAGUCCCUCCGUAUCAGAUUCCAACUUUGAGACUUCAGACAAGAUAGGAAAAACUAAAUCUAAAAGGAGGAAGACUAAAAGCUUGAAUUCAAGUGCAGCUAAUUAUAAGGAAAGUCGGGCCUUUCUUUCAGAUUCCAACAUUGAGACUGUGGACAAGAUUGGAAAAUCUAAAGCUAAGAGGAGUAAGACUAAAAGCUUGGAUUUAAGUGCAGAUAAUAAUAAUGAAAGUCAAGCCUCUGUAUCAGGCUUGAAUUUUGAAACAUCAGACAGGAUUAGAAAAGCUGGAACCAAGAGGAAAAGGACUAAGGGUCUAAUUUUAAAUGCAGGUAAUUAUGAAACAUCACCCAUAUCCUCUGUUACAGAUGCAAUUUCCAAUUCUAUCAAACCAAAUAAAGUUGGAAUGGUUCCUGCUACUAAGCCAAAAUUUAAAAGCACAUUCAACAAUGAAACUGCUUGCUCAGCCAGAAGCACUAAAGAAAGAAAGAAACGGUUAAGCUUGGGUUUGAGAAUUGCUUCAACAAAAGCAAAGUUGGAUAGGAUGCUAGGAAAAGAUCAAACUGCUAGUCAGAGAAAUAAAAAAGUAAAUAUUACAAAUGGAGAUCCCGAUUUCUGGUGUGAAGAAGUUGAUGCCCUGAUUAAGUCAUACAGCAUCUCCCCAAUGCAUUUGAACUGGAAUCGUCUGCAAGUUCGGGAACUCCUUUCUCCUUCAGAGCACAUUUGGCUUGCAAAACUCAUGAAGCCCAUGAAGUUUUAUAUCCAAACAAAAGGAAGCCUUAAAAAAGUUUUUAGAAGAGAGCCAAGAGAACAGGAAAUAGCCGCAGCAUUGAAGAUACCUCUUCGCACAUUUAAGAGACAUAUAGAAGCAGGACGAGCUGCAAGAAACAAGCUGAUUCAGCAUAACUUGAGGUUGGUGCUCUUUGAGAUUUACAAGUACAACAUUAAUGGGUCUCGUUUAGGCUUUGAGGAUGCCUGCCUAGAAGGGACGAAGGGUUUGAUGAUUGGAGUGGACAGAUUUGAACCUGAGAAAGGUUUUAGAUUGUCCACUUAUGCAAUGUAUUGGAUUCGGCAUGCCAUUCUGCGGGCCAUGACACUUUCUAACAUUGUUCACAUACCUUUUGUAAUUUCAGGGCUCAAACUUGAAAGACAAAGAACAAUUCUAGAUUUAUUGCUGAAACUUGGGCGGGCUCCUACUGCUGAAGAAAUAAGGGCACAAAUGGGCUUGGACAGAGAAAGAUAUAAUGAUGUUGUCCGGGCAUGCAAGAAAUCUCUGUCUUAUGAUGAUUGUGAUCGAGAUAACAGUGUACCAUAUCAACACAAUGAGUCGUAUUCAACAAUAAAACCACAGGCACUUCUCAGACUUGGCUUGGAUGAUGUUCUUGAUUCCUUGAAGCCCAAGGAGAGCCUAGUUAUCAGACAAAGGUUUGGACUAGAUGGAAGAGGAAAGAGAUCUCUCGGGGAGAUUGCAAGAAAUCUCAACAUUUCAAGAGAAAUGGUCCGCAAGCAUGAAGUGAAAGCAAUGUUGAAACUCAAGCAUCCAUCACGAGUUGAAUACAUUCGUGGAUACUUGUAGAUGAACUGGUAUACAUAUCAUGGAGCAUGUUGUCAGCCUUGUGAAUUGAAUAUGUCUAACAAUAAAUUUCCAAAUAUAUGUAUAUAUAUACCUUACAAAAUUGAGCACUCUUUAAAGACUCCAAGGGCAUGUAGAAUUAGAUAUUAUACUACAAUAUGCUGAUAUAUGGCAAUGCUAUACGACUUUAACUUGUACAGGUCCAUCCUUAUUAAUCAGAGGGAUCAAUUCAUCUUAAUGGAUUGUAGUAAAGAUGGGCUAACUCCCAUUCUACUCCUGUACUCUAGCCAAUUGGUACCUAAAAAUAUAUGUAAGAACCUUCAGCAGAUGGAAACGAAAAAAAAACCCUUCUUUUAA